AUCUAAACCUACUACCGUCUUACCCCCUCAACUGUCCCUCCCUCUUCUUUCUUCUCUCUCUUCCCAUCAUUUAACCUUUCCAUGCUUUCUCCCUACUUUCUCUCUUCCAUCCAAAUAUCCACCAGACAAACAAAACUGAACCCAAAAGUCCAGAAAUAAAACCGUAAAGACACAACGAAGAAAGAGAACACUACUUGCACCAGAAAAAAAAAAAGAGAGAGCAGACCACCACCAAGAAGAACCAACCAUGGAGCCCCCCACCACUCUCCUCCUCCUGCUCCUCCUCGCCGCCGCCGCCGCCUUCUCCACUGCCGCCCGCGACCUUGACGCCGAGAUCACAGGCCGGGGCGUCCCCGGUUACGGCGGCGACCCUCGCGGCUUCUUCAAGCCCCCCGGUGGCGGCAGGUUCGACAUCCCCGGCUUCGGUGGGUGGAGCAACUACGGCGGAGGCUACGGAUACGGCUCCGGCGGUCCGACUGGGGGCUCCGGGUGGCACGGUGUCGUCCAGCCCUCCGUGGUGUGCUCCGAGAAGGGCCCCUGCUACAAGAAGAAGCUGACGUGCCCGGCCAAGUGCUUCACCUCCUACAGCCACUCCGGCAAGGGCUACGGCGGCGGAGGCGGUGGCGGUGGCUGCACCAUCGACUGCAAGAAGUGCGUCGCCUACUGCUGAGUCGAUUAACUUGACCUGCCAGCCCUCUAUGCGGCCGCCCGCAUGGUUUUAGAUCGUACGUCCUAUACUAGUUCUACUUUUUAUGUGAGUGGUUUGUGGUGAAGGUGUGUUAUGGAUGCAUGAUAUGAUAUGUAUGGCGUAUAGAUGAAUAAAGAGAGGGCUUUACAUAGUUUGAUGGAUAGGGGCUUUUUGGAUACAUGCAUGCUGUCUUGGUGUUAUUUUCUUAUU